GAAGAGAAGAGAAGAGAAGAGAAGAGAAGAGAAGAGAAGAGAAGACAAGACAAGACAAGACAAGACAAGACAAGCUUCAUCUCUGCCAGUUUUUUCCAGAGUCUGUAGGUCGACCUGAAGAGUUCAGCAGUGAACUAUGGCACAGUUUGUUGAAGACUCCAGCCUGGGGGACUGGGAGGUGAUUGGCUCUGGGGGUUUUGGACAAAUCUACAAAGCCAGGCAUCAUCAGUGGGGUGCUGACGUGGCCAUUAAACUGCUUCUUCAGGAAGAGGGGAACGAGAAGUCUUUGCUGCGUGAGAUCAAAAUGAUGCGUCAAGCCACCAGUCCGUAUGUUAUGGCCGUCCGAGGGAUCUUCAAGGGUCAAACACCCUCUGGCAGGUCAAUACAGCUUGGUGUGGUCAUGGAGCUCAUGGAGAGAGGGUCAUUGGCCUCACUACAGGAAGCAUUGAGGGAAACUCCACCCUGGCCGCUGGUCUUCAGACUGGCUCACCAAGUGGCUCUGGGUAUAAACUUCCUCCACAGUCUGCCCCAUCCCGUUCUCCACCAGGACCUGAAGCCCCAAAACGUGCUGCUGGAUAACUCUCUCAAUGCCAAGCUUACAGAUUUUGGCCUUUCCCGGAUUUCCUGCAGCGUCACACAGGUUUCGAAGGACGGUGAAUUACUAGGAGGGACGAUUAACUACAUGCCACCAGAGGCUUUUGAAAGCACAUCGUACAAACCUACCCGAGCCUUUGAUAUCUACAGUUAUGGGAUACUCCUCUGGUCCAGUGUCACAGGGAAACAACCAUAUGAAAAUGCAAACCCCUACAUAGUGAUGUUGCGCAUCCCACAGGGAGACCGCCCACAGCUGGAUGAUAUCAAGGGCGAUGCUGCCGGGUUGGCAGAGUUGACAGAACUGAUGAAGAGAUGCUGGGAUCAUAAACCUGAACAAAGGCCCAGAGCCCUUGAGUGUACAACUGAGACAGAACAACUGUUCAAAAUACACAAACAUGAACUCAAUGACGCUGUCCAUGAAGUGCUGAAGAAACUGGAAGUGAUGCCAGCAGGAGAUGAAGACAACUCUUCAGUGAUUGGGAUCAAACCAUCUCUGAGAGAUGUAAAGAUGUCUGAUGGUCCACACCGGACACUGGAUCCUCUCAGGCCGGACUAUGAUGGAGAUCAGGGGUUAAGACAUGAUCUGAUGAAGUAUUCCUGUGAGCUCGCACUGGACAUGAACACAGUGAACAGAUACCUCAAACUGUCUGACCACAGGACGGUGACACGGUUGGAGGAGGAGCAGCAGCCAUAUCCUGAUCAUCCAGAGAUGUUUGAUGACUGUCGUCAGCUGCUGUGUAGAGAAGGUCUGACUGGUCGAUGUUACUGGGAGGUUGAGAGGAGAAGAGGAGGGGUUUCUGUAGCAGUGAGUUACAGAGGAAUCAGGAGGAGAGGAGGCAGUGAAGACUGUUGGUUUGGAUAUAAUGAUCAGUCCUGGAGUCUGAACUGCUCUGAUGGUGCUUACUCUGUCAUGCACAAUCACAGCAGAACAGUCCUCCCUCUCUCCUCCUCCUCGAUCUCUAGACAAGUAGCAGUGUAUGUGGACUGUCCUGCUGGCUCUCUGUCCUUCUACAGUGUCUCCUCUGACUCACUGACCCACCUCUACACCUACAACACCACAUUCACUGAACCUCUUUACCCUGGUUUUGGGUUCUGGUUCUCUGGUUCCUCAAUGUCUCUGUGUUCUACGUCCUGUCCUGUAGUUUAAAUGCUGGUGGAGGACAAGGCUUCACUUUGGUUCACAUUUGUCUCACGGAUUGUGUCUUUAUUGUCAAAUGGUCUUUAGUAAUGUUGAAAUGAUCUUGUCAGGGAUGAAAACUAGUUGUGUAUAAACUGUUUACUUUAAUUUUCACUUUAAUAAUGUUUCAUUGGAGCAGCUUCAGCUGUUAGGAUUUAUUUCUAUGGUUUAAAAAUAAAGAUAAAACUAAAACUGA